AUGUUUUCUUUUGCCAAAAAGUUAGUCGAUAGACUAGAUGGGCAAACUAGUUCAGCUGGUGAUUUGAGAGAUUCAUAUUUUAAAAAUGCGUUGGAUAUUAAUAACAAGGGCCAUGGAUUGAGAGUCUUGAACGUUAAGCCAAAUUCUAUAGCAUCUGAAAGAGGACUUGAAUCGUGGUUUGAUUACAUUAUACAGAUCAAUUGCAAAAACCUACCUAUGAAGCAUCCUUUAACUCCAUGGGUUUCUUACAAUAUCGGAGAGGAUGGAACAAUAAGCUAUGACGGAGACUCCAAAGACGAGGCUGCUGCAAUUGACUUUAAUGCUUUAGUAGACAAUAUUACUCAAGCAGGAAAGGAGAUUACCAUACACGUCUGGAAUGCAAAAGGUGGCAUUAUAAGGAAGGUUGUCUUGCCUUUAGAAGAAUAUAUUGCAAAAGAUCCAAAUAAUAGUUCCCUUGAAAACCUUUUUGAAAAUAGAUUUGCAGAAUUGGGACUUACUCUUCAGUCGCAGCAUCUCAUCACAGCUACGUACGUAUGGAGGAUUCUAAGCUCACAUCCCGGGUCUCCUGCUUUCAAAUCACAAUUGGUACCCUCCUCAGAUUAUGUAGUAGGCUGCGAUUCAAUGUUUUCAGACGACAAACCUGACAAAGGCUUACUUUCUGGAGGGGGUGAGACCUUGUUGACAAAAACAAUUCAAGAUUAUUACAAUCAUCAUUAUGCGAUUAGUCAGAUAGACAGCAUACCGAUUACAAUCUACGUUUACAAUCAUGAUUACGAUAUUCUCCGACCAGUAGUGGUAAAUUUAAAUAGGAAAUGGGGCGGCACGCAAAACAAAGGGAUACUAGGUUGUGAUGUAGGCUAUGGUCUACUACAUAGACUACCCGAAGUUGUUGGAAAAUUCACGAAUGAGGCUUUAAACGAUGAUAUUUUAUUCGAGUCGAAUGCAACUGUCUCUUAUAAUCCAACCGAUACUCCAUCUUCAGUCGUAUCUGACAGUUCGAGAACUGAGACUUCUUCUUUUGUUCAAGAGCCGUCACAAAAACUGCCUCUGAGAGAGUCGGCAGCUGCACUGGCGAUUUCGAUAAUGAUGCAACCUUACAUUGUUCCAGAGGAAUCAGGUACUUCGUCACAACCACAGACAUCAGUAUCUCCCCCACGGGUAUCGUCGGCGCUGGAACUACAUAAGCAACAAGAGACUGUUAAGACUAAAGAACAAGACCGAACUUUUGAAAUAACCAACACACCAUUAAGUUCCGUGGAGAAACAUGUUUCGGUGUCUAAUAUUCCUACAGUCAACUCAGAACAUUCAGCAAUUGCUCCUCCGCCCAUAUUUCCUCCAUCUAAUAAAGCGAUGCCAGCUAUAUCUCUUCCUCACAGAUCAACAAAUAGAAGGAAAAAACAUGCGACCGGAUCAUUGAAUGUCAUCAACGAUUUAGUGAACGCAGAACUUGCGAAUUCUAAAAGAUUGGAUGUUCAAUAUAAUUCAACUGAACCGGAAAACACUGCAUCUGCACCUCCACCACCUAGAACUAAAUAG